GUACCGCUUCGUAUAAUAUGCUUUGGCUUUUGCAAAAUGGUGUAUCUGUGUGCAAAGAAGUUCACGAAAUAUUCACGUGUGUUACUUUGUUUACACGUGUAUAGGUUAGGUUGUUUGGGGGUGUUGUGUUUGGCCUCAAGUUUAAAAAUAAUUUGAUUCGAAAGGUGCCAACAACGACGAAGAAAUGAGUAAGAAGUCUAAAGGAAAGAAAUUGGACGCAGAUCUGGAUGUGGAAUUGGAGGAGUAUGAGCCAUCUGACUCUGAAGAUGAUUAUUCUGAAGAUGAAAAGCUCUUGUUGGAAAACGUCAGGAAGAGGCCGAGAGAGUUUGAUGAUGAAAGUGAGGAAGAAGUGCUCGGAGUAGCUUCUGACGAUGAUGACGAUGACGACGAGGGUGACGGCAUGGCCAGCGACCUGGACGGCGAGCAGGACGACGACUUGCCAGACGCGAAGGCCUGGGGUCGCAAAAGGAAGAAUUUCUACAAUGCGGACUAUGUGGACGAUGACUAUGGAGGCUUCCAGAAGGAGGAGGAAGAGGAGGCAGCCCGACUGGAGGAGGAGGAGGCGCGGCAGAUCCAGAAGCGUCUGGCCAGCCAGCUGCGGGACGAGGACUUCGGCCUCAGCGCCUUCGUCGCUAAGGACGAGAAGGGUGAAGAGAAGGCGGAGGCAGAGGAGGUGAUUGCAACAGACCUGACAAAGCUCUCAAAGAGGCAGAAGCUGUCACUCGUGCAGAAAGAGUCGCCAGAAUUCUUCGCACUCACUCGGGACUUUUCUGAGAAAAUGGCUGUCCUGAAAGAUGAGUUAGAGCCAGUGAUGGCUCUUAUCAAGGCACAGAAAAUUCCAGACUGCCCCGCUGCCAAAUUUGUCAGCACCAUGUAUCAUCUUGUACUCAACUACUGCAGCAACGUGUCGUUCUACCUGCUGCUGAAAGCCCUUCGCACGCCCGUGGUGGCUCAUCCCGUGGUGGGGCGGCUGGCCAAAUACCGCAAGCUACUGGCGCAGGCGGAAGGCGUCUUCCGGGAGGUGGUGCGGCCGCAGCUGGCCACCGUCCUCGCCGCCGACUGGGACACCGUGGCGGCCUCUGUGCAGUUGCCAGAGAAGAAGCAAAAGAAGAAGGCCCUCAGGCUGCUGUCCGCUCCCCUCACAGAAGACGGAGCGAGUGACGAGUCCAGUAUGGUCCGGGAGGGAAUCCCGAUGCCGGAGAAGGGGAGGAAAAGGAAGGCGGAGGAGCCGGAGGGCGCAGAGGGAGUGGAGAGUGCGCCGGCACCUGCCGCCACUGCGGCGACUCCAGCGCUGCGCGCCCUGGCCGCCAGCAGCUCCAGCAGUGCAGGAGAAGACUCCGCCAGUGAAGAAAUUGCCGACGGGGAGAGUGGCAAGGAGGGCGACCGGCGUGCCAUUACCUACGAAAUGGCCAAGAACAAGGGGCUGACACCGUACCGCAAGAAGGAGAUGCGCAACCCCAGGGUGCGGCACCGCCGCAAGUACGAGAAGGCGCGCGUGCGCCGCAAGGGCCAGGUUCGCGAACCGAGGAAGGAAGUGAAGAAAUACGGUGGAGAAGUCUCGGGAAUCAAGAUAGGUGUGACCAAGAGCAUCAAGCUGAAAGUGUGAUCUGUGUUUGUAUGCUGCUCUGUGGCUGUAUUAUAAGAGCAAUAAAAUGUGUUGGAACUCA